GCAAGAAUCACCCCCAAAAAGCACAACAGCAGACGAAAUGAGUCCCAGCAUCACUGCCGAGACUACUCAGUCUCUCCCUGCCAGGUCCACCGUGGCCCAGAGAAAACAAGCCAACGAACUGAGAAAGACUCUUAAACCCUUACUAGAGAAGAGAAGGCGUGCUCGUAUCAACGACAGUCUAAGUCACCUGAAAAGCCUAAUUCUUCCUCUGAUUGGCAAAGACAACGCUCGCUACUCCAAACUGGAGAAAGCUGAUAUUCUGGAAAUGACCGUUCGAUUCCUCAGAGACCUUCCGUCCACUUCUGUCAAAGAUCCCACAGAGAGUUACAGAGAAGGGUAUAAAGCAUGUCUUCUGCGCGUCUCCGCUCUACUUCCCAAAACGAGUCUGGAUCAAGACGCGUGCCAGCGAGUGAACGGGUUCGUUCAACAGUCAGCAUCUGCGACGCUCAUCCCAACUUGUCUAAACUGCUGUGCCCAGAGCUCCAGGGCCCUGCCUCAAAUCCAGCAGAGACUCCUGAGCCUCAAAUCCAGCAUUGGUUCCAGACAGGAGAGCCACUCCCGCAGCAGCAGUGACGCUGUGGCUCAUGGUAGCGCGCAGUCAGUCCCACAGGCUGUCAGCGCGGCCAUGUGGAGACCCUGGUGAUAACAUGGACAUUUAUUUCAUGUGUGUUAUUUAUUUUGUGUGUUUAUCAAGUUUAUAUAACCGUAGACAUAGCAAUGAAGAACUGUUUUAUUGUUGGAUAUUGAUGUAAUCCAGCAUUUGUUUCUUGACAAGUUUGAUGUCAGAGAACUGAGCACAGAUCUUUGGACGUUUCUUAAUGCAAUCCUCUUUGGGGUUUCAAAGACAUGGGUUGUUGACAACACUUUUGUAAAACCCCAAGGGUUGUUUUGUUUGAGGUUUGCACGCUGGACUUAUUACUUACUAUACUUUUAGUAUUUGGUCUGUG